UUGACUCACAGCACCGGCGGUAUGUGUUGCGAUAUAACUACAAGACUGCUAGGUCAGUCAUCCUGGGAGGAAGCGACGGGUAUGGUGCCUUGGGUUUCGAUACUAUCGACUUGAUACCGGUCUCAUCCACCAUGGCUCAGCAUACUGGCACACCACCACGAACCAUUGCGGAAUGGAAGACGGCUCAAGUCUCAGGCGGUGGGCUGGCGAGGCUCCACGCUCUUGUUGCCGCGGAGAGAGUUUCCAACCACCACACUCGAGCCUGGAUAUCACUCGCAACCGAUGCCCACAUUCAAGAACAAUGGGCUGAUCUACGCUCCCAAGACCUCCCAUUGUACGGAGUUCCCUUUGCUAUCAAGGACAAUAUUGACGCAAAAUCAUUUCAUACUACUGCUGCCUGUCCUACUUUUAGUCGCGCACCAGCCAACGAGGACUGUCUCGUGGUCCAAAGACUGAAGACUGCCGGCGCCAUUCUCAUAGGCAAAACCAACUUGGACCAGUUCGCGACGGGGUUGGUAGGCACCCGCUCCCCCUAUGGACCAGUGCCCAACUCAGUGGAUUCAAGCCGUAUCAGCGGCGGUUCGAGCUCUGGGAGCGCUGUUAGUGUUGCUCGAGGCAUUGUGCCCUUCAGCCUGGGCACCGAUACGGCUGGUUCUGGCCGUGUACCCGCUGGCUUGAACAACAUCUACGGUCUCAAGCCAACACGUGGGGCAUUGAGCACCCGUGGCGUUAUUCCCGCCUGUCGUUCGCUGGACUGUGUCUCCAUAUUCGCCACAACAACCAGCGAUAUCGAAUCGGUUUUGCGCAUUGCUGAGGGUUUCGAUGCUAAGGACGCAUACUCGAGAUCCCGCUGCCCAUCACUUGCCAAUGGUUUUGGCCAAGGCCUUCGUUGUAACCCUUCAAAUACAAAACCAACUCUGGCCAUUUGCCAAAAUCCAGAAUGGUACGGGCAUGACGAACAGGCGUCUGCUUACAGGGACGCCCUACAAAAGGCCGAGAAUAUUGGCUGGAAGCUUGUGCCUAUGCCCUUCGAUAAGCUGUUUGCGCUUGCGCAACUUCUUUACGAAGGCCCAUGGGUGGCCGAACGCUGGGCUGCGAUUAUGGGAUUUAUCAAGAAUGCUGACGCUGAAAUGGACCCCACGGUACGGACUAUUAUAUCGAAAGCAGAAUCUUUCUCAGCGGCAGACGCCUUCAUUGCAGAGUACAAGCGACAAGACCUGACACGGGAGAUUCUCACUUUAUUUCAAUCUUUUGAUGGUCUUCUAGUGCCUACAAGCCCAACGUUUCCUACCCUUAAAGAGGUGGCGCUUGACCCCAUUGGCGCAAAUUCCAAGCUUGGCACUUACACCAACUUUGUCAAUUUCUUAGAUUGGAGCGCUCUCGCGAUUCCUGCUGGGUUCCGCUCAGAUGGUCUGCCUUUUGGCAUCACCCUAAUUUCAAACACGUGGCAAGAGUACGAACUGCUCAACUUGGCACGUCAAUGGGGAUUCUGUGAGGAAACCAUGAAAGACACUCAUGUCCAUCCCCGUCAAAUACCAAGCUCAUUUCCUUCGAGUCUUAAGGCUAUAGCUGUCGCUGUCGUCGGGGCGCACCUACGUGGGUUUCCCUUGAAUGGAGACCUCACCAGUCGUGAGGCAAAGCUUCACCGAGCCACCAAAACUUCCCCAUCAUAUCGACUUUUCGCUUUGAAUGGUACUGUUCCGGCGAAACCAGGUCUUCGUCGAGCGAUUGCCGGUGAACGCGGCCGUCAAAUUGAGCUUGAAGUUUGGCACAUGCCUGAAACUCAAUUCGGCAGUUUCAUGGCUACAAUUCCUUUUCCUCUUGGAAUCGGUCAAAUUGAGCUCGAGGAUUGCACGUGGGUCAAUGGAUUUGUAUGUGAAUACUCUGCACUUUCUGAUGCCCUCGACAUCACGAAUUUUGGUGGUUGGAGAACGUACACCAAUAGCACUCAGCUGUCAAAACAGAAGGCUAUCAGAAGUGUUCUGAUUGCCAACCGUGGAGAAAUUGCUUUGCGAAUAUUACGCACAAUAAAGAAGUUGGAAUUAAAGGCAGUCACCAUAUAUGCUGAGGCGGAUGCUGAGGCUCCUCACGUUCGUGAGGCAGAUUCUGCGCUACGAUUGGAUGGUAUCUCAGUGGCAGAGACCUAUCUCAAUUCGAGGAAAAUUCUUGAACUUGCGAAGACCGCCAAUAUAGAUGCCAUUAUACCUGGUUAUGGAUUUCUCAGCGAAAAUUCAAGCUUCGCAAAGCUUAUUGAAGAGAAUGGUAUAACAUGGGUGGGACCAACAGCUCAGCAAAUGUCUGAUCUGGGGCUGAAGCAUCGCGCCAGAGAAAUUGCCCAACAAGCUGGUGUUCCAACCAUACCAGGAAGCCCGGGGCUAGUCGACUCGCUGGAACACGCAAUCAUCGAGGCAGAGCGCAUCGGGUUUCCACUCAUGCUCAAAAGCACAGCUGGGGGUGGUGGUAUCGGAUUACGUCAUUGUGCUGAUAUGAAAGGCCUCGUGGAUGCUUUCAAAAGUGUACAGCGUCUCGCUGCUGCAAAUUUUGCUGAUGACGGGAUGUUCCUGGAGCGAUAUGUUUGCAAUGCUCGUCACGUUGAGGUCCAAAUUCUUGGAGAUGGCAAGGGUCGAGCGAUUGCAGCCGGAGAAAGAGACUGCUCUCUCCAAAGACGUCACCAGAAAGUCAUCGAAGAGGCUCCGGCACUCAUGGUUCCCUCUCAUAUUCGUGCUCAGAUGAGGGCGGCUGCGGUUCGAAUGGCUACAGCCGUUCAAUAUCGCAACGUUGGCACCGUUGAAUUCAUCUAUGAUGUCGACACACACGAAUUUUACUUCCUCGAAGUAAAUACAAGGCUGCAGGUGGAGCACCCUGUGACGGAGAAUGUAACUGGGCUCGACUUGGUGCAAUGUAUGAUUGAAAUAGCCGAUCAAAAGUGCGAACAUCUCUUCACUAGGUUCGGAAAUGGCGAGGCGACCUGCACCGGAGUUUCUAUUGAGGCUAGGAUAUACGCUGAAGAAGCUCUACAAUCAUUCAGGCCAUGUGCCGGCCGUAUAUCUCGAGUGAGAUUUCCACAGGGCCUUCGGGUAGACACGUGGAUCGAGGAGGGCAUUGAAAUCUCGACGAAUUAUGACCCAAUGUUGGCGAAACUUAUCGCAACCGGAAAUAAUCGUAAAGAGGCAGUGAGCGAGCUGGCCCGCGGACUAGCGGAAUGUGUCAUUGAAGGUGUUGAGAACAAUCUGGAUUAUCUGCGUCAGAUUGUUAGUUCGGACGAACUUCAAUCAGGAUCAUACACCACGAAGACGCUCGACUCGUUCCAAUACAUUGCACCCUGUAUAGAGAUUCUCAACCCUGGAGGAAAUGUAACAGUACAGGACUGGCCAGGGAGGACAGGUCUAUGGAACAUUGGCGUCCCCCCUUCUGGUCCCAUGGACAGUCUGUCUUUCAGACUUGCCAACAAACUGGUGGGGAAUGAGGAAAACCUUGCCGCCUUGGAAUGUACCAUGCAAGGCCCAUCUAUCAAGUUUCAUUGGGAUACAGUCAUUGCCGUUACUGGUGCUCACUGUGGGGUUCAGUUAGAUGGAGUGCCCCUUCAUAUGAACCAAGCCAUUUCUGUUCAGGCGGGACAGACCCUAGAAUGUGGCAUAUUCCAUACCGGAUACCGGAUUUACAUCUCGUUUGCUCACGGCAUCAACGUGCCAGCUGUGAUGGGAAGUAAGUCGACAUUUGAACUUGCUAACAUCGGUGGCUUUCACGGUAGGCGUCUGGAAGCAGGCGAUAUUUUGAAACUCCACAAGACUGCUCUUCAAGGGACGCAGAUUGUGUCGUUAAACUCCCAGGUCCCAAUUCCUCCCCAGCCUAAUGCGAGAUGGAUCAUAGGAGUCAUUCCAGGACCACACGGAGCUCCAGAUAUGUUCACUCCUGAGGGCCUCCAAGCUUUGUUCGACGCAGAAUGGGAUGUUCACUACAACAGCAAUCGUCUUGGAAUCCGCCUUCGUGGUGUAAAACCGUCAUGGGCCCGCCAGAAUGGUGGGACCGCUGGACUCCAUCCCUCCAACAUACACGACGCACCGUACUCUAUAGGAAGUGUCAGCUUCACAGGCGACGAGGCCAUUGUGCUUUCUGUCGAUGGUCCCAGCCUUGGUGGCUUCGUAGUUUUUUGUGUCAUAGCUUCAGCAGAACUCUGGAAGCUUGGCCAGAUUCGGCCUGGCGAUACAAUCCAACUACAACCUAUCAGUGUUGAAACCGCAAUGAAGCUUGAAGUGUUCGUAGAACAACAUCUUCAGACCAUGGAAAUUCCGGAUGUAUUGGGCCAGAUCUUGGCUGCAGAAACCCUAAGUGACACUGGGCUAUUCUCAGGGGUGGUCGGCGAUUUCACUCAUAGAGGUACAAAGGUCACAGUCCGACAAGCCGGCGAUUGUGCCGUGCUAAUGGAGUUUGGGCAUGAGGACAAUGGUUUCCGCAUACAUCAAAGUUUUGAUAUUGUCUCUUUCAUAGAACAGCAUCAUGAACACCCAAUCCCAGGCAUCGAAGAACUAACUCCUGGCGUUCGCUCGAUUCAUGUUAAGUACACGGCUCAAAUCACUCCUUUAGAAGCUCUUUCACGCCUUAUUGCUUUUGCUGGCUCCUACGACUUUUGCAGCAAGAUAAAAUCGCGCCUGGUCAGACUUCCAUUCGCAUUUGACGACAAAGUCAGCCAAACAGCGGUGCAGAGAUACGGCGAGACUAUCCGAUCUGAGGCUCCAUGGCUGCCGAGAAAUGUCGAUUUCUUGAAAAAGCUCAACGGUAUUGAUGAUCUAGAACCUAUAUUCUACCAAUCACCAUUUCUGAUAGUCGGCCUUGGCGAUGUUUUCCUGGGAUCACCGUGCGCUGUAUCGCUAGAUCCCCGGUGCAGGCUGUUUGGCACAAAAUACAAUCCGUCACGGUCGCAUACCCCAAGAGGAUCUGUGGGUUUAGGUGGACAGUAUAUGUGCAUAUACGCCAUGAAUUCGCCUGGGGGUUAUCAACUAGUUGGAAGAACAACAGAAAUAUGGAAUAAACCUUCCAUGUCAACAGAGAGCCCGCCAAUCCGGAUCCGCGAUCUUAAUUCUAAACUGCCGUGGUUGUUCCGCUUCUUCGAUCGCGUCAUAUUUUACCCAGUGUCAGAGUCAGAUCUCGACACCAAAUCACCAGAAGAGCUGAUCACCGUGACUGAGGGCGAGUUUGACCUCUUUGAGUACGAGGCGUGGCUUGCUGAACACGAUAAAGAAAUCCGAUUGAAGGAACAACAUUACACCCAUUCUCGAGAUUCAGCCCCCUUCUUCGAGGAGUUGACUAAGCCAUAUGAAAGUGAUCAAAAACAUUUGACCCAAUAUUUGUGGGAAAAACCAGGGGAAGUUGUCCGAGCUCAUAUGCCUGGGCGCUGCUGGAAGUUACUCAUUCAGGAGGGUGACGCGGUGAAGAAGGAUCAGAUAUUGGCAUAUUUGGAGUGCAGCAAGAUGGAAAUUCAAGUGUCUAGUCCAGUCGACGGUGUUUGUGUCAAGCUCAAUGUACAGGAGGGCUCUUUGAUUCAAGCUAGGGACAUUUUGGCUGUGAUUACCGACAGCUUGACGAAAUUGCCGAGUCAGUUUAUAGGAAACUAAGCAACGAGAACCCCUUAAAAUUCCCACAACAAAUAAAAAAAACAAUACCUCACAUGAGAAACUCAUUAUUAACUAUGAGUUAAAAUCGCCGCCUUCUGCACUAAAGUAUCACACGCCAACUGUUGCAACCAUUAAC